AUGCCUUACAACCCCAAGGUUGGAGACCUAAUCUCCUCCCUCGACACACCUUCGAUGAUAGUGGACCUGGACUUGAUGGAGCAGAACAUUAAAGAAUUGAUGUCCCAGCUGCUGCCAACUGGGAUCUCCAUCCGCCCGCACAGCAAGACCACCAAAUCCGCAAUUCUGGCGCAGAAGCUCAUUGCUGCGGGCGCAAAAGGCGCCUGUGUGGCCAAACUCAGCGAGGCCGAAGUCAUGUGCUCCAAGGGACUGACUGAUCUGCUGAUUACAUGCGAAAUCAUUGGGCCGGCGAAAGUCGCCCGGCUGGUGGAGUUGUGGACACAAAAUCGGGAGAUCAGGAUUGUGGUCGAUAGCGAAGAAGGCGCAAGGGCUAUUGGUUCUGCAAUUGAGAAGGCGGGCGUUGAAGGGCAGAUUUUGACGCUGGUUGAUCUGGAUGUUGGGCUGCAUAGGACGGGGGUCCAGCCUGGUGAGCCGGCACUCCGGCUGGCAAGGACGGUGAGCGAGUUGAGGCAUCUGAAGUUGAUUGGCGUACAGGGUUAUGAGGGGCAUUUGCAACACAUGCAUGGAAUGGAGGAGAGGAAGAGGCUGUGUCUUGAGAGUAUGAGGAUUCUGGUGGAUACGGCGGAGGUAUUCAGGAGGGAUGGACAUCAGAUUGAUGUGGUGACUACGGGCGGGACUGGUACUGCGGAGUUCUGUGUUACGGUACCUGGAGUGACGGAGGUCCAGCCUGGAAGUUUCUUGUUUAUGGACACUGACUACAGGAAUGCAGUGGGAACAAAGUACUCGAAUAGCUUGACAAUAUUGGCGACCGUCAUCAGCAAGCAGGGGCCAAAGAGCAUCACGAUCGAUGCUGGGCUCAAGUCGCUCACAACAGACAGUGGUCUGGCUGAGUGCAAAAUGCCAGGGUACACGUAUGGCGUUCUGGGCGACGAGCAUGGGUCGCUGUCGUGGACCGAUGGUGCAGACUUGAAGAUUGGGGAUCAAGUGGAGAUGAUACCAAGUCACAUCGAUCCCACUAUUAAUCUUCACGACUGCUACUACGCGCAUCGAAAUGGGACUAUAGAAGAGAUCUGGCCAGUUGAUGCGAGAGGGAAGGUUCAGUAG